AUGGAUACGCCCGAUACGCCAGCUACGCCAGAUAAACACAGCCAUGCCCCGCAUCCACACCUCCCCUCCCUCUCCCCCGGCACACAGGAAUUCCUUAAACGUCACAACCUCGAUCAGCGCCUUCUCGACAGCGACGAUAGCGAUGAUGACGACAGCUUCGAUCCUGCUCUUCUCGCCAGUGCGUCGCGGAACGCGCUCGCGAAUGCCAAGAUUGGCGGCGUGGAUGGCGUGGAUGUGGGUGAUGUGGGUGAUACCGGCGAUCCUCACAAGGGCACUGCAAACUCCCACAAGGAACUUAAGGACCUCACUAAUCGCCCAACCGCGAACCUCCCACGCAGAGCAACACCACCUGAUUUCAAACGCAGCGUCCAGCAACCACAGCAAACACCAGCCACGACACACACCCUCACGCGCGAAUCGCCACCCUCCGAUACUCCCUUAUCCAACCACCCUCUCCGUCUUGUUCCGGAAACUCCCAAUUUGGGUGUCGACAGCCAGCCUCAACCGCGCACUGCUACCUCUACCGUAAGACGCAGGCGACCGGCUGCUGGCACUCAGCGUCCCCAGCGACCAGACAAGAAGUGGACGCCGGCAAUGAUCCAGAUGUUGCAGGGUGAUGGCAGUGUGGGCGGGGGCGUGAGUGGUGCAAAUAGAAAUGGAAUUCCCAGUGGAAAUGACCAAGAGGAUGUUAGUUUGAGUCGCAGUGGCAGUGGUAGCGCGAGUGACGGCGGUGCAUACCAGUCUACUAGCUACUCACCGCACUCAUACUCAGCCAACUCCCCACACUCCACUCACUCCACUCACUCCACUCAUUCACCAAGAUCAAUAGACAGACCACCCCUCGCUCGCAACGCUCAUAGCUACUCUAGCUACUCUGGUCUCUCGACAGGCGAGAAUAGCGCGCGUGAUACUCACAAUAACACUCCCCCUACCCUUUCCCGCUCUCUUUUGCGCUCGGAUAUCAGAAAUGAGGAGGACGAGCGAUCGACUUAUAGAUCUGAUAGAUUUCACAAGUCUGAGAGGGCGGAGAGAGUCGAGAAGGACGAGCGCGAAGAGUCGCGUGAAAUUCACCCCUCGCACCGCCCAUUAGAGCUCGAGAAGACUCGAGAAAAGGAACGCGAGGUGCGGCGAGAAAAGUUAAGAGAAGAGCAGCGCAGGUCUAAUGAGCAGCGCAAAGCUGAAGAAGAGCGCAAAGCUGAAAUGGAGAGGAAACUUGAAGAGGAGAGGAGAGUUGAAGAAGAGCGGAAAAUUGAGGAAAAUCGAAAAGCUGAAGAAGAGCGGAAAGUUGAAGAAGAUCGGAAAGUUGAAGAAGAUCGAAAAGCUGAAGAAGAUCGAAAAGCUGACGAGCAGCAACAACGUGAACAGCAGCGACAACAACAACAACAACAACAACAACAACAACAACAAAACUCUCAACAACAACAAAACUCUCAACACCCACCUCCACCCCUCACAGACGCAGUAGUUCCCCUUCAGCCCCCUUCAUACGUCCCUCAGCAGCAAAUGUCCUGGUCUCAACCCAACCCCUACCUCGGGAUGCGUCCACCCAGUUACCUCACAGUCAACGGCAUACCCUAUCUCCGUCUCGACGAGCUGGGCAAGGGAGGUUCGUCGAAAGUGUACCGUGUGCUCAGCACACAGAAUGAGCUUCACGCCAUAAAGCGAGUUCGUCUCGACAAGUGUGAUCCAGAAACGGUGACGGGGUAUCUCAAUGAGAUAUCUCUCCUCCAGCGUCUGCGGGGUAAUGACCGUAUAAUCAAGUUAUGGGACUGGGAGAGAAUGGGCGGUAAGCUACUCAUGCGAAUGGAGUGCGGUGAGAUAGAUUUCGCCCGCCUCCUCUACGAGCAGCAGGGAAAACGUUUGAAUAUGAAUUUCGUCGGUGUGUACUGGGAGCAGAUGUUGCGAGCCGUGCACGCGAUACACGAGGAAGCAAUUGUACACUCAGACCUCAAACCAGCCAACUUCGUUCUCGUAAAGGGUUCAUUGAAGCUAAUUGACUUUGGGAUUGCGAAGGCUAUUCCGAAUGAUACGGCCAAUAUACAGCGCGAUUCGCAGGUGGGCACCAUCAACUACAUGUCGCCGGAAGCCAUCACGAAUCCGAGUGGACUUGGCAAUAAACGAGGUUUAAAGCUAGGUCGCCCAUCGGAUGUGUGGUCACUGGGCUGCAUCCUAUACCAGAUGAUUUACUCCCAUCCACCAUUUUACCACUACCAGAACAUACAUAAGAAGUUGGCGGCGAUCCCGGACCAGAGCGUGGCUAUAGACUUUCCCACUUAUUCAAUCCCCGUGGAACCAGCACAACGCAAGGCGGACGGGACAUACGAGCCGGUACAUCGACAGGACUUGGCUGUGCGCGUAGACGAGGAUGUGUUGCGAACAAUGAAGAGCUGUCUUAAUCGAGAUGCAAGGCGACGGAUGACUAUACCCGAGUUGUUGGAGAGUGAUGCGUUUCUUCAGCCCAAGCAGCGGCAGAGUAGCAACGCAACGACUGCCAACCCACCCAACACACUCAACAUCAACCACGCUCAAAUGAAUCAGCUCGUUAAACAGGUCAUCCAGUUCGGUAAAUCCCAGUCUGCUAAUCCGAGCGUACUCAGACCGGAAACGGUACAGGGCGUAACGCAGGCGCUGUGGAAGACGCUCGGCGAUGCACAGCAUUGA